GCUAUUUACCGGGAGAUGUCACUUACAAUAUUGAUUACCAAAAUGGCAGGGACGGAAAGGGAAGCUAUUCAAAAACAAAUCCAGCAUGAUUGGGCCAAUAGAGAGUAUAUAGAAAUUAUAUCUGGAAACAUUAAGAAAAUAGCGGAUUUUUUGAAUUCUUUCGAUAUGUCCUGUAGAUCAAGACUAGCAAUUUUGAAUGAGAAGCUGACAUCAUUAGAAAGACGUAUGGAAUAUCUAGAAGCUCGAGUGACAAAAGGUGAAACACUUACCUAAAGAUGAAAAUCUACAAGGUUUUGCAAAUUUAAAAUUCUCCCUUUUCUUAUAGAAAUAUAAAGACCAAAUGAUUUUGUAAGAAACUGUAUUUACAAGUGCAUGUAUUUCAACUGCUCACUUAUUCAAUGAAAGUAAUGUCAAGUCUUGUUUAAAGAAGAAUUACAGGAAUUUUGAACAUGAACAAUGAAAGUAACCAAGGUGUAAUAUUUAGUAAUCAAGAAGUUUGGUACAUAAUAUAUUAUAACCCCAAGUGAUUCCAAAUGUUUUUACUAGUGAGUUUUGCUAACAUUAGAAUAGCAGUUCAUGCAGUAAUGAAUUAUUUUUUUUUUAUCUCUGAAUAAUUUUAUUAUUUAAAUUUUAUGAAAACGUUUAUUAUUUAUAGGCACACUUUUGAAGUUAAGAUACAAAUAUUUAGUAUCUGCUUUUUCAAACUCAUUCUUGUUUAAAUACACAGUUUUAAACUUUAAUGCACAAUGAAUCACUAACCUUUGUUCUCUAUUACAAUAGUUUUUCAAAAAAAAAGUAGGAUUAUUACCAGAUACUAAAGCAAUCAGUGUAAACAUUUGUUAAGUAGGUUAAAACCAGUAACACUAAACUGUGGAAAUCAGUUUAAAAUGAUUUCCAGUUAAAUUCAGUUCAAAAAUAGAAAAUAUACACUAAUAGAAGGCAUUAGUCUAAACAUGUGUUAGUUUAAGAAUCCCACCAACAUAAUAUUGAUGAAAUCAGUUUAAACUGGCUUCUAUUUAAAUAAAUUUUCAAAAAAAAAAGAAGCAUUAAUUCCAGAUUGUUGAAAUCAGUUUAAAUUUACUUUUGGUUAAGUGAAUUAAAAAACAACAAAUAAUAUCAGACUACAGAACACAGCCUAAAUUUUCAGCUAAACACUAAUACCACAACAUAGAAGUUGUUUUGUAAUCAUUCUAAGUUAAACAAGUUUUAUAAAGAGAAGUACUGAUACCAUACAAUUUAGAACAUAUGUUUAUACAGCCUUUCAGUUCAACAAGUUUCGGACAGAUGAAUAUUACUGUUACUAUGUCUCCUUCUUAGCAUUUGUCCUGAUUACUUGGGAUCUGCUUUUCUGGUUCUUGUUCUCUACUCCUUCCUGUUCUGUGUUAGAGAUACAUUCACACUGCAUUUUUUUUCACAUCCUCUCUCACUACAUGCAUCCACCUUUUCUUUGGUCUUCCUCUUGUCCUUUCCACUUUCAUAUUUAUCACUCUCCUACCAACAUACUUCUCUUCUUUCCUCAUGACUGAGCUCUUAUUAGGUAACAAAUUUGCUUGAGUUACAUAUAGUUUGAAAUAAAAACAUUCAACAAAAUUAAUGGUGUUUUUCAGACACAAAACGAAUUAGCGUGAAGUCACUUUAGUUGAGUAACUUUUCUUUAGUAAAAAACAAAACACAACUCAAUUCUAUAGUAAUCCAUUUUUACUCACUUUCAUCUUGGUAAGUUUUAACAGAAAGACAGUUUUAACUCAAGUUCAACAGAACAAGUGGCACAUAAAUAAGUUGGAAGUAACUUCUAGUUAUUCUAACAGAGUGACUUUUUCUAAACUAUAACUUUUAAAUAGGAAAAAAAACUGCAAUUUAGACAUAUGAAGUAUUUGUUUUGAAUAUAUAUUAUUUUUAUGUGUGUUAAGGAUGGGAGUAUAAAUAUGUUGCUUUUAAUUUACGAUGUUGAUGAGCACCACUAACAAUUUCACAGAUUUCUGACCUUAGUUGUUGAGGUUAAUUGUAUGCUUAAUCUUUCUGUAUAGUUUUUGUUCUUGUGAUUAAGAUAUUUGCUGGCUUGGCAGAUUCUAUUAGCACUGAAACCAUUUUUUUACACUGUAAAAAGGAAAAAGCUUUUGCUGUUAUGUCAGUAUCUUGUACAGUUUUAUUUUAAUUAAACCAUUCACCAUCUCUUUGUA